UCUGGCUUUCAUUAUCAGCCCUCCACCAUGUAGGGUAGAAAAACUCCAGCCCUCGGUACCACAGAACUUGGACAGCACAUAGAGGAAAUAACCUUCUCAGACCUGCUAUACAUGAGUGAGGAGGAGAUAAAUCUAGUGGAAAUAUCUCCCUUCAAACCCUUUACCAAUUCACAAUAUAUAAAUAUUAUAUAUAACAAUAUAACUAUAUCUACAGGGAGUGCUGGUCCUUCAACUACUUUUCUAUAGAUCCAGAUUAGUGCUUGUUCUUGUUGCUUCCUAUGACGCAUCUCUUAACAUUCCUAGAAUAGAGAAAGAGUUGUGCCUCGCUCUGUAUGCCAUGCUGUCUGUGUUAGGCUCUGCUGCAUAUAGGGGGUGGCACACAAGCUUCCCUAUCUAGAACCCCAUUUAGAAUAUGCAAGAUGGGAAGGAAAAGAGCCAGCCCUGUAUAAAAUAACUACUUAUGGCAGGUAGUAAUUAUAGGGCUGCAUUCAACCCCAUAGUGCUCCAGAACUGUGAAAGUGAGUGAAAAGUUGAGUUAUAUUUUUUUUUACAUGAAUACAUACCUUUUGUUUGAUGAUAAAAAGCAUUUUUGUAGUCAACGUUAAUCUCUAUUUUCAACUUUUUUUUUACUUCUUGUUUUUAUACUUGUGUGUCUCUGCUAUGCUGAUAUUUCACCCCUUGAAUAUCACUACUCUUUUUGCUUCCUCUUGUAAUGUUGUCAUCACUACCUCCUGUAUACUUUUACCCAGUCUCCCUUUGUUACCUCAUUUGUUUCAGCAUCAUCCUCCCAUUUUCAUUUUGCUCUGCCCCCUCCCUUUUUACAUGCCCUACCCUUUGUACCUGCUAUCCUUCUCCACCUACUGCUAGCUGCCAAUCCCACAACUUAUCCCGUGUACCUUUUCCUCUGCCUAGCUCGGCACAAAGAUUAUUCCUCCAGAACAAUCAUAUUUCAGAGAUAGGUCCGGGACUUUUCUCUCCCCUUACUUCUGUUCUCUGGCUUUUUUCCAACCACAUCUCUAUACUGCAUCCUGGAGCCUUCAAUGGACUGGAGAAUUUGGAGGAGCUGGAUCUGGGCAAUAAUCCCAAAUUUCCCAUACUGCAGUCGGACACCUUUGAAGGUCUCAAGUCUCUGCGCUCAUUACACCUGUAUCACUGCCAUAUAAACAGGCUGCCUUCUGGAUUGUUUCGGGGCCUUUAUUCCCUUCGGUACCUCUAUCUACAGAACAACCGUCUAACAGUACUCCCGGAUGGCUUAUUUCGUGACCUCUUCAACCUAACCCAACUCUUUCUCUAUGGAAAUCUCUUGCAGUCUCUCCCAGCUGAGUCAUUUUUUGGUCUUUCUAACUUGGAUCGUCUUCUGCUUCAUAGUAACCAGCUUGCAGUUGUCUCACCUGGGGCAUUUAGAGGUUUAAAGAGCCUCACCAUGCUUUACCUUUUCAAUAAUAGCUUGCCUACUCUUCCAGGUGACUGCUUGCAACCAUUAACAUCCCUACAAUUUUUACGACUGAAUGAAAACCCAUGGCACUGCGACUGCAGUUGCCGCUCAUUGUGGCGGUGGUUUCAUUCCACCCCAGGUGUCUCCAGUUCCCCUGUGACCUGCAAUUCUCCUCCACCCCUAAAAGGCAGAGACCUGCGCUUUCUCGUAGAGAGAGACCUACGAUUUUGCACCUCUAAUAUCUCACCUCGUAAUGGAAACCUGUCAGAUCUUGCUUUUCCACACAAACCAUCUUCUUUUUACAUUCAAGGUGACCCAGGAGCUGUUUUGGAGGCCGGAGAGUGGGAAAACACAAUUGAGGAGGGUGGAGGAAGUGGUCAGAGUGCAAGUAUUUUGACUGAAAAACAGUAUCUAUAUAUAUCAUUCCUGCUUGUUUUGCUAAGCUGGGAAGUAAAUAGAUAUAUUUGAUCAUAUAAAGCUGAAUCUGUUUGCCUAUCCCUAUGUUACUAUGGUACUAGAAUGCUACAUAAAUAAAUUAUAGCUCUGUAUAUAUAUAAUUAUGUGUUUGUAAUGUGACCUUUUUGUGGAGGGGAAAGGGGCAAUGAUAAGGAUGGAAAAAAAUAAAGCUUUUUAUAUAUAAAUGGCUAUAUGCCUCAAUGGCCAUAAAAUAUCACAAAAAGUGUAAAUAGAAGUAAUAUUAAUUAGGAACUAGAACUCACUGUCUUUAUUGUUACUUGGCUGUAGCAAGCAAUGCCAGGCAGCAGCUGCAAGGGCAAACAAGGUUUUGAGCU